AUGGCGUCAAGAUUGGAUCGCCUCGUCACGAUCCUCGAGACAGGCAGCACAAAGUUGAUCAAAGAUACUGCUGUCAAUCAACUUGCCGACUGGCAGAAGCAACAUCCCGAGGAGCUUUUCAAUCUUCUGUCGAGAGUGGUGCCAUAUCUUCGUCAUAAAGAUUGGGAUACUAGGGCUACUGCUGCCAAGGCGAUUGGCAAGAUCGUAGAGAAUGCAGCAUGCUACGAUCCUAAUGAGGACGAAGACCCUUCGUCUGCCAAAAAGGAAGAGUCGGCAGAAAAUGGGCACAUUAAGAAAGAAGAAGAGCCUGCGGUGGCGGUCAGCUCCGAACUAUUCAGUUUGGACACUCUGGAUGUUUCCAUGAUUCUCAAAUAUGGCCGGGAAUUACUCAGAACGGGAAGCGUAGAUCUCGGCUUAGCCAGCCUGGAGCCACAGGCACGACUGGUUCAUCAGAAGAAGACCCUGCUGGGCCGCCUCGGCCUUCUUGGUCGCCCGUUUGAGGACGACGAAAUACCCAUCCAAAUCGAAAAGUCUGCAAGCCCUAUGACGCCACAGGAUGCCCCACCUAAUGGCAACGGCCUUGGUCGACAGGAAAGCAUUGGAGGCCCAGCGCAACUUGGGGAGGACUCCGGGCUUAGCGCAAGGCAGCUGAAUCAGCUACGACGCAAGAGAAAGCGAGAUGCGCAGAAUGCCGCCAAGGGGAAAGGUGGCUUUGGCGACCUGUCCAUCCGCCGUUCUUUCACAGACAAAUCAGAUAUUGAUGACACGCCCAUGGCAGAUACUGACUCCAAGAAGAAUGGCAAAGCCGACUAUUUUUCCUUGGAGCGCCCAGAUGACGUGGACGAAGAAAGCAAAGUCGUCUCUGAAUACAAAGGGCCUGUAAUCCCCAUCAAAUCCGAAAUCGAGACGAAAGACGAGCUCCAGGGCAGCGAGUGGCCAUAUGAGCGACUUUGCGACUUUUUGAAAAUCGACAUAUUUGACCCCCAAUGGGAGACGAGGCAUGGCGCGGCACUCGGUCUCCGGGAGAUUCUGAGGGUCCACGGUGCUGGCGCGGGUCGUUUGAGAGGAAAAAGUAGGAGCGACAAUGACGCCCUGAAUCGAGGCUGGCUCGACGAUAUGGCAUGCCGGCUCUGCUCGGUUCUGAUGCUCGAUAGGUUCACAGACUACGCAUCAGAUACCUCUGUUGCUCCCAUUAGGGAGACAGUGGGUCAGACUCUUGGCUCCUUCUUGAAGCAUAUUCCUCCCGAAUCAGUAUACAGCAUCUACCGAAUCCUCCAUCGCAUGGUCAUGCAACAAGAGGACCUUGGCUUGGACCGCCAGAUCUGGUCAGUCUGCCAUGGAGGUAUGGUCGGCUUACGCUAUGUUGUGGCUGUCAGGAAAGAUCUACUACUCCAACACAACGACCUGAUUGAUGGUAUCAUCCAGGCGGUCAUGAAGGGCCUUGGCGACCUCGACGACGAUGUCAGGUCUGUCAGCGCUGCAACGCUCAUUCCGAUGGCGCAAGAGUUUGUCGCUAUGCGCCCAGCUGUACUGGAUGAACUCAUCAAUAUUGUUUGGGAAAGCUUGUCAAGUCUAGGCGAUGAUCUAAGUGCAAGCACGGGAAAGAUCAUGGAUCUCUUGGCCACCCUUUGUGGGUUCCCUGAAGUGUUAGAGGCCAUGAAGAAGUCUGCACUGGAAGACGAGGAGCGAUCUUUCAAGCAGCUGGUCCCACGCCUAUAUCCAUUCCUUAGACAUACCAUCACCUCGGUUCGUCUCGCUGUUUUGAAGGCUCUUAUGACCUUUGUACACUUGGGCGAGGAGUCGCUUGGCUGGCUAGACGGCAAAACUCUACGUCUCAUCUUUCAAAAUCUAUUGGUCGAGCGAGAUAGCGCAACACUCAAUGUGUCGAUGGACCUUUGGCUUGCGCUUGUGCAGUGCUUGGCAAAGAAUCCUGAACAUCUGGCCCAGGAGUUCCUUCCACAUAUUGAUGCUCUGAUGCAGCUCACCUUGCACCCUGUUGGUGUCUCACGUAACCCUAUUCCAAUGAAUGGAGCUCUAUUCCAAAAACCUUCAGGGGGUACAUAUUCGAUCACUGGUUUCGUAUCCCAGACCCCGCGCAAGGGAUCUGAGACGGAAGGCGAGAGAGCCGCAAAGAGGCGUAGAAAGUCCACCAAGGUUGACGAGGCGCCUACCACAGCCCACUCUCAUGAUCUUGAUGGCCACAUGAUGCAUGGUGACGUGGAUCUUGUUGGUAUGGAUACUCUGAUUAGGUCACGUAUCUUUGCAGGCAGAGCCAUGGGCUUCAUUAUGUCACUUGUCCCGACGUCUAGACUGGAGGCCUUUGAUGCAACACUUAUGCCGGGAUUUACCUCGUCAUACUCAUCGACACAGUUAUCCGCAUGCAUGAUUGUCGAUGAGUACUCUACGAACUCUGCAAACGCCAGCUCGGAGCAACGCUAUGUUGAUGAGCUUCAGAAGAUCAUCGAGUCUGAGAGACCUUCGCAUUACCGCGAUCUAGUGAGCUAUGUGCAGCGGGUACGUUCGCAAUGUGCGCAGCUAGUUAAUCUUUUCCGCGACCAUGGCAAGGUAUCACAGAGCAAACUGCCAACUCUGCCUGUGGUUGUUCAGGGUGAGGCAGAGGCCGGACCGACAGCCUUCUCUAUUUCGAUUGCCGAAAAGUGCGUGGGCGAUGAUUUUGAGCGGCUUCGAAAGGCCAUGGCGCCAGCCCAACGCCUAAUCACCACGAACGAUCUCAUGGACGCGAGGAAAUCGACAUCGACAGCUAUACAAGAGGCGAAGUCUGCCAAGGACGGCCGUGAUAUCCGUAUCCGUGCCGCUGCUGCAUGCGCCCUGAUUGCAAUGAAAGUCUUGCCGAAGAAGCCAAGUCCCCUCAUCAAGGGCAUCAUGGACAGCAUCAAGCUCGAAGAAAGUCACCUUUUACAGACACGUUCAUCAGAAACAAUCUCCAGACUUGUACAGCUCUUCACUGAGAAGGGUCGCCGCGGUCCUGCGGACAAGGUAGUCGCUAAUCUUGUCAAGUUCUCUUGCGUCGAGGUUGCAGAAACACCAGAGUUCCCGGUUCACGUCAAUAAGACCGACGUUGUUCUAUCCAUGCAGAAGGAAGAAGAUCGGGUGGACCAUGAUGAUCCUGAGAAGUGGGCGCGCGAGGCCAAAGCUGCGCGUGUCACCCGGCGCGGCGCCAAGGAAGCUCUGGAGAUUUUGGCCAGAGUAUUUGGUGCUGACAUCUUCAACAUUGUGCCCAGUCUCAGGAAGUACAUGGAAGAACCUCUGACGGUGGCAUUCUCUGGUGACUUGCCUGCCGAUGCCAAGGAUCCCGAAUGUGAGCUGGGACAAGAGAUCGUUGAUGCAUUGUCAGUAAUACGUACAAUGGCUCCGACCUUGGAUAAUGCACUUCAUCCGUUCAUCAUGCAACAGGUCCCCUUGAUCAUCAAGGCCCUUCAUUCCGAACUCUCAGUCUAUCGUUACAUGGCAGCGAAGUGCAUCGCAACCAUAUGCAGUGUUCUGCCGGUCGAGGGUAUGACCGCGCUUGUAGAAAAGGUGUUGCCAUCCAUCAGCAACCCAAUCGAUCUACACUUCCGCCAAGGCGCAAUCGAAACGAUCUACCAUCUGAUUGCUGUCAUGGGAGAUGGCAUCCUGCCCUACGUGAUCUUCCUGAUUGUUCCAGUCCUGGGUCGCAUGAGCGACUCUGACAAUGACAUUCGACUCAUUGCGACGACGUCAUUUGCGACACUUGUCAAACUUGUACCCCUUGAAGCUGGAAUUCCCGACCCGCCAGGUUUAUCAGAAGAAUUGCUCAAGGGUAGAGAUCGUGAACGGACGUUCAUGGGUCAAUUGUUGGAUCCUAAGAAAGUUGAAAGCUUCCAAAUCCCUGUUGCGAUCAACGCCGAGCUGCGAUCCUACCAACAGGAUGGUGUCAACUGGCUCAAUUUCCUUAACAAAUAUCAUCUACAUGGUAUCCUUUGCGACGACAUGGGCCUCGGCAAGACUCUUCAGACCAUCUGCAUGGUGGCGAGCGAUCAUUACAACAGGGCCGAGGAGUUCAAGAAGACUGGGGCAUCAGACGUUCGGAAGCUUCCUACGCUCAUCGUAUGCCCUCCAACUCUGUCUGGACAUUGGCAGCAAGAAUUGAAAACGUAUGCGCCCUUCCUCAGCGUCACUGCCUUCGUUGGCCCUCCUGCCGAGAGAAGGGCCAAGGCCUCGCAAUUUGCGUCGUCUGAUAUUGUGGUGACAUCCUAUGAAGUAUGCCGCAAUGAUACCGAGUACCUUGAAAAACAGAGCUGGAAUUAUAUUGUACUUGAUGAGGGUCAUUUGAUCAAGAACCCCAAGGCGAAGAUUACCAUUGCAGUGAAGCGACUGCCAAGCAACCACCGCCUCAUUUUGACUGGUACCCCUAUUCAGAACAACGUCCUGGAAUUAUGGUCUCUGUUUGACUUCCUGAUGCCGGGCUUUUUAGGCACUGAAAAGGUGUUCCUCGACAGAUUCGCCAAACCCAUCGCUGCCAGCCGUUUCAGCAAAGCAUCUUCGAAGGAACAAGAGGCUGGUGCCCUGGCUAUUGAGGCGCUUCACAAGCAAGUCCUGCCAUUCUUGUUGCGUCGCUUGAAGGAAGAGGUACUUGAUGAUCUGCCGCCCAAGAUCCUUCAGAACUACUACUGCGACCUCAGUGACCUGCAACGCAAGUUGUUUGAAGACUUCAACAAGAAGCAAGGCAAAAAGAUUAGUGAGACAGCUGGUCGUGAGGACAAGGAAGCCAAGCAGCACAUUUUCCAGGCUCUUCAGUACAUGCGCAAAUUGUGCAACUCCCCGGCUUUGGUCAUGACGCCGGCUAAUAACAUGUACGACGAGACGCAAAGAUUCCUUGCAAAGCAAGGAACCAGCAUCGACGACAUUGUCCAUGCUCCUAAACUUACAGCUCUGAAGGAUCUACUCAUUGACUGUGGCAUUGGAGUUGAGGGGACUGACUCGAACGACCCUCUGUAUCAGCCAAUCAAGCCUCAUCGCGCCCUCAUUUUCUGCCAGAUGAAGGAAAUGUUGGACAUGGUGCAAAACACGGUCCUCAAGCGCAUGCUCCCGUCCGUAUCGCAUUUGCGCCUCGACGGGUCUGUCGAAGCCAACAAGCGUCAAGAUAUUGUGAACAAGUUCAACAGCGACCCGUCGUAUGAUGUGUUGCUACUUACCACUAGCGUCGGUGGUUUAGGUCUCAACCUGACGGGUGCUGAUACGGUCAUCUUUGUUGAGCAUGACUGGAAUCCGCAGCGUGAUCUUCAAGCUAUGGAUCGAGCACAUCGCAUCGGUCAGAAGAAGGUUGUCAACGUGUAUCGACUGAUCACGAGGGGUACUCUGGAGGAAAAGAUCUUGAGUCUGCAAGCAUUCAAGAUUGAUGUUGCCUCCACCGUCGUGAAUCAACAGAACGCCGGUCUGGGGACCAUGGACACGGACCAGAUUCUUGACCUCUUUAGUCUGGGCGAUGCGGGUCCAAAUCUCAUUACCGACAAGCCAAAGGACGGGAUAGAUGGUCGCGAGGAGGAUAUGGUUGACGUGGAGACGGGUGAUGUGCGUGCGCCAGGCAAGAAGGCUUGGAUUGAUGACCUUGGCGAGCUUUGGGACAAUCGCCAGUACGAAGAAAGUUUCGAUCUUGAUGGCUUUAUGAAGACAAUGCAGUAG